AUGUUUCAAGAUCUGAGGACUUUCAUGUUGAAACGGAGCAGAUUCAUUGGGUGGAGCUUCAACUUGGGGAUGAGCCUGGGGGAGCGCAUACAGCUCAGGGGAAUAACUCUGGGAUACAGUCAAAUUCCUGUUGCCGCAUUAUCACUGCAGGACCCUGACACACAGUCAGAAACCCCAAGCAGCCUCGUAUUAAGAGAGCUGGUUUAUUUCUGCCUAGAUAUUAUGAUGGCUUUUACAGGCCAGCAUAUGGUAAACUUGGACGAUGGGGAUGACUUGGGGUAUUCCAUGGGCACAGAGUAA